GGAACCAUCCGGUCCGCCCCGUGCAGCAGCAAGAGUCUUCCCCCUCUCUCCCCGCGCGCUGCCAUCCUCGCGCGCGGAGCAGGGCCCGUCCGUGGGACAGGAGAGAGCUGGGCCGGGCCUCCCCUGUGCCUCCUCCUCCUCCUCCUCCUGCAGCGGGCUCCGGCCUUUGGGCCCUCCCUGUCCCAGUCUCUGACCCCCCCGCCCCCCGGGGGACUGGGACCGAUGGAUUGACCGGGGCCUGAUGGACAAGAAAGGAUCCGUGUCCUGGAAGAAGAUGGCAGCCAAAGGACAGAAGCAAGGAUCGAAGAGCAAAGAGGAUGCACCUCAUGAAUUAGAGAGUCAGUACAUUUUGAGGCUGCCAUCAGAACAUGCAGCCACUGUGCGGAGAGCUGUACAAUCUGGAAAUGUUAAUCUUCGGGACAGACUGACCAUCGAGUUACAUCCGGAUGGCCGGCAUGGCAUUGUGCGAGUGGACAAGCAGCCCUUGGCUGCCAAGUUAGUCGAUCUGCCGUGUAUCAUCGAAUCUCUCAAGACCAUUGAUAAGAAGACAUUCUACAAAACUGCUGACGUGUGUCAGAUGUUGGUGUGUUCCACUGAUGGGGAGCUGUACCCUCCUCAGGAAGAACCUGUACCUGUUGAUCCGAAAAACAAAAAGAAAGACAAGGACAAGGAGAAGAAAUUCCUGUGGAAUCAUAGCAUCACAUGCCCCCUGAAGAAUGUCCGGAAAAGACGCUUCCGGAAAACUGCAAAGAAGAAGUACAUUGAAUCUCCAGAUGUGGAAAAGGAAGUGAAGAGACUGCUCAGCACAGAUGCUGAGGCUGUCAGUGUCCGGUGGGAAGUUAUAGCAGAGGAUGAAACGAAGGAAGUGGAGAACCAGGGCUCACUGCCAAACCUCGACAGCUCAUCACCAGGAUCAUCUGGGCACAAGCCGGGCCACACCUCAGCAGUGGAGAGAGAUGAACUGCGUGAGAUCUUCAAUGACAUCAGCAGCAGCAGUGAGGAGGAUGAAGAUGAAGGUGAUCGCCAUGAUGACGAGAACCUAAACAUCAUGGAUUCAGAGGAUGACUUGGCCCGUCGCUUGCAACAGAAACUCGAAGAAACUGAUGCUCAAAUGCAACCAAAGCAAGAAUCAAACCAAAUGGUUGUGCAGUUCCAGUAUGAGAUUGAAAAACUGAGAGAGACAUUGCAGUUAACCCAGGAGAAGAGAAAACGACAGGAGGACCUUAUUAUGAAGGUGGAGAAUUUGGCAUUGAAGAAUCGCCUGCAGGCUGUGGUUGAUGAGAUCAAACAACAGGAGGAGAAGGAGAAACUACAGUUGGCUUCUUUACAGUCACAGCUUGACAACCUGCUGAAUAAAUGAAGGACUGCUCACCGACUCUUUUAACAGGGACAGUGCCACAGUGUGUGGGGUGCAAGCAACCUGCUUGACCAGACAUGCCAAGAAUCAGAAUCAGCAUUGCAAACCAUUUGUAGCUUGUACAUAAAUGUGAAUAUCAACCUCAAUAAAUGUACUAUCAGUGAGUAUUAGCUGUA